UCCUGGGGCUGAAGAACAUUCCCCGAGCUUUCAUCAAAGCGGUGCCCAGUAUUUUCCAAAAAAUAACCCACACAAACCUGUCAGACAUGGGGAUGGGGAUUGUGUGCUUUGUGGUGCUGAUUGUCCUGAAGAAACUUAAGGAGGUGGACUGGGACAAGAAGAGAGGGACCCUGCUCAAACCUCCAAUGUGGCAAAAAAUCCUUCGCAAAGUCCUGUGGUUCUUCGGAACAGUAAGGAAUGCAGUAGUUGUGGUGGCUGCAUCGCUAGUGGCGUAUGGCCUACUGAGCAGAGGAAUCAGCACCUUCACCCUCACCAAGGAGAUAAAGCCAGGCCUGCCAGGGUUCCAACCCCCACAGUUCCAGCUAGUGAAGAAUGGCACGGUUGUAAAAAAUGGGCCAGAGAUUAUUCAGGACAUUGGGGUCGGUUUGGUCAUUGUUCCACUUAUUGGCUUCCUGGAGAGCAUAGCAAUAGGGAAGGCUUUUGCUCGUAAGGGAAAUUACAGAAUAGAUGCCACACAGGAGCUACUUGCAAUAGGUGUAACCAACAUCUUGGGUUCCUUUGUGUCCGCCUAUCCAGUUACAGGAAGCUUUGGACGGACGGCAGUGAACUACCAAAGUGGAGUUAAAACCCAGCUGGGUGGUCUGUUCACAGGUCUCUUGGUGGUUCUGGCCCUUGCCUUCUUAACACCAUCCUUCAAGUACAUCCCGAGCGCUGCCUUGGGAGCUGUCAUCAUCUCUGCUGUCAUACAGAUGGUGGAGUACUCCGUCAUUCCUGUGUUCUGGAGAGUCAAAAAACUGGAUUUGCUGGCUUUCAUUGUCACCUUCUUUGGUGUUUUGCUCCUUGGAAUACAGUAUGGCAUUGCCCUGGGCGUGGGUGUGUCCCUUAUCAUCCUGCUCUACCCCUCAGCUCGACCAAGGGCGACGGUGUACCCAGCACGUAUAGCUCCUGAUGAUGUGUUGAUCGUACAACUGGAAAGUGGGCUAAACUUCCCAGCUGUGGACUACAUGAGGGAUGUCGUGGCCAAAGACGCCUUCAAAGAGAAGCCCUAUAAGAACGUAGUGAUGCGGUGUUGCUGUGUGUCUGACAUUGACUGUACAGUGGUACAGGCUCUGGACCAGCUCAUUGAGGAGUUUGAAGCACGGGGAUUGAAAUUACACUUCUCUUGUAUGAGACCAGACAUCCGAGCGGCGCUGGUCAGGUCAAAGAUCAAGGGUUUCAGAUACUUCAAGACCUGUGAAGAUGCCAUUGCUGCAAUGAGAGCCGUGAGUGAGCCUGACCAGGAGAAUGGAGAGGUCAUCAUGACUGACCACGCCCUGCUGGCCAACUUGGACACACCCGACGACGACACACCCGACGAUGAUGCCCCUGACAUUCCUGCCGUGGAUGUGUCAAAAGUCACUACAGUCUGAAGAAAGCUGUCUAGAUAUACAAGAUAUGCUAUACAGCUGAAACUGUGAAAGAGCGUACAGCCGAGUUGAGUGAGGGACACCGGGCGAGACAAGAUCUCACUUCAGACUGCUGCUGACCGCGUGGUCAGGGGUGCUUUAUUCAGUAUUAAUCGAGACCAGAUGUCUUGACCACUCCCAACAAAAGGACACAUCUCCCCUAUAAACUCCUUGGAAAGGACAAGAGCAGAUUUUUCCCACAUACAGUUAGUGCCAGAUGGUGAAAAAUCAUGAUCAUGAAAGCCAUAAUAGCAGACUGAAAGUAUCAUCAAGUAUUAGAACUAUUACCUCAAUGCAGGAGGAGAGUUACGGGUCAAGGAGUUGCAGUGAGAUUUUCUUGACACAAAAACUGUAAAUUUAAUAUAUGUUAGAGACUUUAGAGAGCUGUAAAUACUUGUAAAGUAGCUAUUUAAUGUUGUGUUAGUUCCUCAGCAGGUUUGAUCACACACCAGUUCCAUCCUGUGCCAGUACAGUUGUAUGUAAUUUAAUUACAUAACUGUAGAUAAGUGAUGAAUGUACAAAUGUAUAUCAACCAGAUCUAUUUAUGUAGAAAUAUUGCAGAAUGGUUCUACACAUUAUAUGCCUUAGUGGUAGAGAUGUGAGACUGGUAUGCUUUGAACAGUCUUCUCCCAGAUGACAUAUGCCUUAACUGGUAACAAAUUUGUUGUAUAGGUGGACCAAUAGCAGGGAGAAAGGAGCUCAGGUAUACAUUGUAUCUAUCUGAUCUCUAUUGUCAAGAUUGUAAAAAAAGAGGGUAACCUGGGUAUAACCAAGGAGGUUAACUCCAUGGUAUAACUGUAUCGUAUGUACUAAAUUGUAAUUUCAGACUCAGAGUCUAGUCAAUGAUGUAAAAAUUACAUGUCUGAAGGAUGGUUUACUGUUUAUUGCUGCAAGUUUUUAGGGCACAGGUGUCGGAGGCAUCAUAGAUUUAGUUUACAAAUGAUACAAAUGAUAAUGUGUGUAAUAAAAUAUCUGGGUGAUAAAAAUAACUGGGACUUUUUCUUUACAUU